AGAGCGUGCGCGCUGGUAAGAGAAGAAGGGAGGGAGGUGCAGUACGUCAGUUCUCUGCUCACUCAGUCACUGAGAGGCAGGUUGAUUUUCUAGCGUCUUUCAAGCAGCCAUCGCAGCCUCACUGUGGACUGGAGACUUCUGCAUCCAUCGCAGCCAGCUGAAGGGAUAUUCAACACAAUGUCUGUGCAACAUUCUCACACCUUCAGCGCUUUUUGCAGCAAGACUGUGUGACUGUGUGCCAGUUGAUGGAUGCCAAUACAAGCAAUUUGUAUUGCUUGACAUGCUUUCCUCCAGACUGGACAAAUUCUUUCAUCUCAAGCAGUCGUGUGUUUAAAGCUUCACGCUGUUGGCUGAAUAGAGCAGGAGAAGCUGCUUCUGUACAGCUGCCUGUUUGUGACCUGUAGAAACAGGAACUGAACAUCAGAUACCGGCCGCAACACUCGCUGAGCGUCAUCCUGCAAGUUUCGACGCUUGUUUCCGGCGGCACGUGGAGUUCUGGCCCUUUACCUGAGCCUGUGGUCCCCCUCUCCCAGCCCAUCCUCCCCUUCCCAACCCUGGAGCCUGGAAUGGUGUGUUUGGUCCCCCGAAGACCCGCGUAGGGAGUCCCUCAAACUGGAUCCAUCCCCACAAAUGACCGGUAGCAAUAGCAUGAGCAGUGGGUACUGCAGCCAGGAUGAGGAGAGCGAUGACUUCACCUUCUUCACCGCCAAGACCACCUUUUUUCGGCAGGCACAAACUAAGCAAGUAGCCAAGGGUUGCAGAGAGGGAGGGGAGAAUCUCCUACUGCACGCUUGACCCAGUAAUGAGAGAGAGGGAGAGAAUGAGUACACAUAUGCAACGUGUGGGAGGGAGCAGAUCGCAAGACAUCAUCCUACACUGCGGCAGAAACAGCAGAGAGAGAGAGAGAGAGAUACACACACACGCAAGAAAAAUCAAUUAAAAGCAUUUGAGUCUUUGAAAGCAUGCUGAGAAAUGCAGUCUCACACCUAUUGUCACCAAAGACUAGGGAUGUGCAUUUUGAUCACUUAUGUAGUCACACAAAAAAAUGUGUGUGUAUAUGAAUGUGUGUGUAUCUGUAUAUAUGUUAGUAUUAGUAUUAUUUUGUUUAUAUUGCAUUUAAUACAGAAUAUAUGAAAACACACAUGAAACAUGAAUGAGCUGUUAAAAAUCAUGCAUGACAUGUUCAGGAGAAGCCUUUCUCUUUUCUAUAAAUAGACUCCUGUUUGCUUACCUGUGUCUGACUAGCCAUGGCUGAUUUUACUGCAGCUGAAGCCAGUGCAUUAAACCACAUUAUCAAUGUAUUCGUUGUCACUUCCCUAGAACUGAUGUUGACUAACACUUGCAGCUCUCACUUCCUGUAUUUUUUGUUAGUGCAGUUCUCACGCUGAUAAACAGAACGUGUAGCGUCUAACCAAAUUAGAUUAUUGGUUUGAGGCCAUUCAGCAGGUGCAGACGUAGAUGACUUGCAUGUUGCCUGAAACUGACACUAAGGGAAUUGUGUUCCUUAAUCAGUCUGAGUAGCCGUGUGUUGCGCUUACGGACACCUGCCUGACAUGCAGUGAUGACUCUGAGAUGACUCUCUGCUAGCAGAGUGUCACAAAAGAGGAAGAGGAGGAAAAGCCAACAUCCCUCACAGAAGAAGAGAUUAAAGCUAAAAUAGAUGACUACAACUCCAAAGUGACGGAGAAUGGAAUGAAAUUAAGCUCAGAUGGCACAUACACUGGUUUCAUAAAGGUUCACUUGAAGUUGCGCAGGCCCGUGACUGUGUUUUCUGUGGAUGGGAAGUCGCCAGGACCCUGUUCCUCUUCUGAUAGUUCAGAUGAACGCACAUCCUUUUACUUGCCCAGGGAUGCUGUUAAACAGCUACACAUUAGCAGUAGCACCACGGUCAGCGAGGUCAUUCAGGGCCUGCUGAAGAAGUUCAUGGUACAGGAUAACCCUCGCAAGUUUGCCCUCUACCGCCUGACCCGUCGAGACAGCCAGGAUCUUUUCCAGAAGUUGACGUUAUCAGAUUGCCCGCUCUACUUGAGGCUGUUAGCAGGUCCGGAUCUAGACAACUUGUCUUUUGUACUCAAAGAAAAUGAGACUGGCGAGGUGGAGUGGCAUGCAUUUUCAGUCCCCGAGCUGCAGAACUUCCUGAUCAUCCUGGAGAAGGAGGAGAAGGAGCGCAUGCGGCAGGUGGAGCAGCGUUACGCUGCCUACAGGGAGAAGUUGCUACGGGCUCUGGGCCACGUCAAGAGCAAACCUGGCUAAUGUAGGACAACACAUCUCCUUCACCCCACUGAGCCAUCCCUGGGCCAGCCUGGAGGACCAGUAGCCCGACAGACGAACUCUAAACCUCCACUCAGGACUUUGUACAAGCUCUCAGCAUGCUUCUGUGAGCUUUAACCCCAAAGACGGGCAAAGGGAUCGAGACAUGACUAAGACGAAGAGGAGGUUAGAACUAAAGAUUAGUACUUCAAGAGUAAUCCUUCUCUCCAGAAAUGGCACACUGUUGAAAGCCCAGGAAUAGGUUUCUGGCUGUCAUGCUUUUUGAUAUGAAUGGGUUUUGUUUCAUUUUUUUCUCUUUGUUUUUACAUUGACCCUGUCCGUUUGUGUUUUUACAUGCUGCUGCUAUUGCUGCUACUGCAAGUGUUACUUAAAGCAUGACUUUCCCUUUGGUCUCUCUGCUUGUGUCUACCGCAUGUCCUCUAUCAGGGAAUAUCUAUAAGAAAGAACGGAGUAAAAAGAGCAUUUCCUGUCCAAAAAGGAAGUGGGGAGACUUAAGUUAUAGAAAAUAAGAUGCCUGCGAAAUAUCAGAGGGCAAAUAGAAACCUUGUCCACAUAUCAAAAAUUACACAGUUCAUGAACAAUUGUAACAUGCUACUGUAAAAACAAAAAUGAAUUAAAGGGUUUAUACUGGAGAUUGUCUUAAUAUAACUAUAAACGUAAUAAACGUACUGUAUUACUGAUAAUGUUUCACCCUACAGCUCAAUACUUCAUCCCACUGAGUCAGAAUAUCUCUUUCUUUCUUUUGAAAUGAUCGAAAUGGCUGCACAUCACUGUCAUGAAGCACAUUAGCCACUAUAUCUAUAAAAAAAGUGUUUGAAUGGAUUUGGGCUGCUUCAGCAUCUUCAGACGCAAACAUUUUGAGCUCCUCUGGUCCCACGUCGACUGCUACUCUCUAGAAAAAGACUGUCCGGCUGUCCCAUGACGGCUUUUAGAAAUGCUCAGCACUGACCGAUAUCCUCAGUAGUGCGCCACCAGUACUUAAUGUGCAGGGAGCAUCAUUGGACGUGAGGAUUGUGGGCUGUGGUUAUCUGGUAAGCUUUUCUGAAUCUCUUCAGCUUUUAGCACAUACAGUAAUACACAAGGUCAUGUUAGAUUAGAGGGCAUCUCCUAGAUUAGCACUCUGAAAAGCUCUACGGAUCCAAACCACAAGCAUCUCAAUCUGUAUUACACCAAAGGAAAAGAGAACAAGAACUCUGUAUUGUAAUUACAAAAUAAAGUUUUUUUUUUUUUUUUAAAGAUCUUUCCAGUCUGUGGUCUGCCAGUAUGUACAGUAGUCAAUAUUAUUCUGUACAGGGAACAUGAGAUGGGUAAAAAAUUUGUCAACUUGUCAAUUUUUAUUUAUUUUUUUUGCUUUGAUUUUAUUGCGCGUCUAAUGAAUUUGGGAGGUGCGUGUAAAUUAAAUGUGUCUGUGAUACUGAGGUAAUAAAUUUUUUUGUGAAAAGCAUUCAAAAGCACGGAAAUGGUUUUCCAUAUUGGUCAGGAAUAACUGUGAACCCACAAUUUGAUUUUCCAGGCACUGAUAUUUCAUUUCUCUUCUCCAUUAAAAGCACAUAUAAGACUCAAUCUCUCAAAUAACCAAACAGGACAUCUUUAGCAAGCAGAUUUAUCAUUGCAAAGGUUAUAAUUUGGAGUGGUAUGUUUGCAGAGGCACUUUAAAAGUCAUACAUUUCCAUUUGGAUCACUCUGCCCAUGUGUUUGGCCUGUAUAUUUUGAUCUUGUAUGGGUACAGAUCCUGCUGGACUGGAAGUAUCACUUCUACUCUAAGCAAGUGGCAGGGCCUUGUAUGUCUGCUCAGGAUGCCAUGUUCCUGCUGGCAGUGCCUUGAGUCUCAGUGUAGCUUAUCUUGACUGUGUACUGUAAAUAUGCUCUAGAUGUCCUUCCCUAUAACUCCAUGUUGAAAGAGUUCACACACAUUCAGUGGCAGUAGCCAGGUGCUUUCAAUGUCUGAUCCAUUUAGUCCAUGUGGGACUUUUUGGGACUAGUGUUUAAAAUGUUAAAGUGUGGGUGUGUGUGUGGGUUUGUUUGUUUAAUUUAUUUUUUGGUUAGUUUUCCAGUGUGUAUGAACUUGAAUAUGUGGACAGAUCAGUACUAUUGGGCAAACUUUUAUUUAUGUUUGUUUGUUUGUUUGUUUGUUUUUUUUUUGGGGGGGGGGGGUAUCAAAUGUUUAAAAUGUCUAGUAAGCUGUAAAUAUACUGAAGAAUGAAAUAAAAGGUCAUCCUAA